AUGCUCGCCACCGACUCCUACAGCACCCCCCUCCUGCUCUCCGGCCUGCAGACAAUCUCUGUGAUCCUCAGCCGGGCCGCCGACUACGCUACGACAAACAACAUCCCCCUGGCAGACAUUUACAAUGCCACACACUCGCCCACAGACCCGAAACCACUGUACCACCAGAUCAAGGGAGCGGUGCGGAUUGCCACAACGGCUGUCUCGGUACUGACGGAGACGAGCCCUGUGGUAGUGGACGACUCGUUCAGUGAUUUCGAGGGCCUACAGGCCUUUGUGGAAGAGGCCAUUGCAGCCAUCAAGAAGGCGACAGACGACCCGACGGCGUUCAAGAAGGAUACCGCCGACGAGAUCAGCUUCCCCUUUGAAGGCAAGGAGGUGACGGCGCCGGCGGGCAAGUAUCUGGCGGGGUAUAUGCUGCCGGAAUACUUUUUCCAUAUCGGCAACGCGUAUGCCAUUCUCAAGAUCAAUAAGGUGCCUUUGAACAAGAUGGUGUAUCUGCAGUCGUUUAAUGGAUACUAG